UACUCUUUUUCCUCCCCGGCUUCAGCUGGUUCGGCCUCCUCUGAGCAUGCGCCGGCGUUUGCUAUGAUUGCGGAGAGUGGAUCGAUGUAAACAAACAGUGAUCUACGGUGGUGGUGCUCGCUCGCUGCUGAGAAGGAAAUUUCUUCGUUUCUAGGUUCGGCAGACGUCUUGCCCGGCACUGCACACCUGCGUGCAGCACACCGCUACGUCGUAACACCUGUGUCGCCCGCGACCAGCCAUGUCGGAGCUCCGCAAGAGAACCACCACCGACGGCGAGCCCAAAGAUGCCUCCGCUGCCUCCGCCAAGGAAACUGGAGAGACGACAAACGUGGUUGACUCGGACGACGAGAAGUUCCCCGAAGAGAGUCAGGUGGAUGCACUCACAAAGGACCUGCCACAGGCGUCGGAUGAGACAAACGCAUGUUUGGACAACGUGUUGAGCAGCCUCCCAAAGAGAUGGAGGAACUGGGUUGUGAGGGGCAUUUUCUCCCUUGUCAUGGUUGGAGGAUUUGCAUUUAUCAUAUGGAUGGGCCCCCUGGCUCUAAUGAUUCUCACUUUAGCCAUUCAAGUGAAAUGCUUCCAAGAGAUUAUUGCCAUUGGAUAUGCGGUGUACAGGGUACACGGGCUCCCCUGGUUCAGGUCGCUCUCUUGGUACUUCCUUAUCACGUCCAACUACUUCCUCUACGGAGAAAGCCUGGUGGAUUACUUUGGAGUGCUCGUUAGCCGGACGGACUCGUUGAAGCCACUGGUGCGAUACCAUCGCUUCAUCUCCUUUUGCCUGUACCUCCUUGGCUUCAUCUGGUUCGUACUCAGCCUCGUCAAGAAGUACUACAUGCGUCAGUUCUCUCUUUUUGCCUGGACCCAUGUGACACUGGUCAUCAUUGUCACCCAGUCUUAUUUCCUCAUUCAAAACAUGUUUGAAGGUUUGAUCUGGUUCAUUGCACCAGUUUCCAUGAUAGUGUGCAACGACAUCAUGGCCUAUCUGUUUGGCUUCUUCUUUGGCAAAACCCCACUGAUCAAGCUGUCUCCUAAAAAGACCUGGGAGGGCUUCAUAGGAGGAGGCAUUGCAACUGUCUUUUUCGGGGCCUGCAUCUCGCAGUACCUGUGCCAGUUCAAAUACUUCGUCUGCCCCAUCGAGUACUCCGACGAGCUGGAACGCAUGACCAUGGACUGUGAUCCUUCGCCGCUGUUCCAGCCGACAGAGUAUGGCUUCCCAGCAUUCAUCGAGACACUGUGCCAUCUGCUACACCUGAGGACCACCAUUACAUUGUACCCAUUUGUGCUGCACUCGCUGAGCUUUUCCCUGUUCAGCUCCAUCAUCGGGCCCUUUGGGGGUUUCUUUGCCAGCGGUUUCAAGAGGGCUUUCAAGAUAAAGGACUUUGGAGACAUCAUUCCCGGCCACGGCGGAAUAAUGGACCGUUUCGACUGCCAGAUCCUGAUGGCAUCCUUUGUGAACGUCUACUUUCACAGUUUUAUUAGGGCUCCCAACCAGCAAAAGCUACUCCAGCAGAUUUACCUGAUGAAGCCUGAGAUACAGCUGCAGAUCUUCAAUAGCCUGCGAGACACCCUUGCAGCUCGCGGCCUGCUACCUUCCUAGGCUUUCUGUGAUCCCUCUCAUUGUUUUCCCACCCCCGCUACCACUAGUCAGUCAUGUGUCAUUGGCAUUACUGCCCAUCGUACUUAACACACACACACCCCUCCCCAUAGCGGCAUCAGGCCGAGUUUCGCUUUUACAGCGUGCGGAAGCCGCGAGGAAAGCGACGGGUUCUGCUCACGCUCGUGUCGACGAGCUGCACUUUAAAAAGCUCCGGAAGUGUGGGGAAAACUACGCUUUCCGAGAGACCUCCGUUUGUUUUUGGAGUGCAGUCUUAAACAGGAGCGUGCGGCAGGGCUGUGUAUGUUUUGUGAUGAUGGCGGGCUUGAGUUACCAGAACCUAGGUGCCUCGCACAUUCCCGUUUCUUCCAGGCACACUUUUCACACGUCUCGUGGUCGUUUUCUCGUCUCGUGAACAAAGUUGUUUCCCUUUCAUCAGGCGUGCGCCAGACUCGCAAAAGCCACGCGACACGCGAUUAUGCUGACCGUAGGGACACGUGUUUACUGCGUCGACAAUGAAGGUACAUAGAGCAGGGCGACCCGUGCAAAUUACAAAAAGUUGCGGCGAGGUUUCGGCGAGUAUUUCUAAGCCAUUCUUGAAACCCUUUGACCGGGACAUUGCGGCUUUUACCUGCUAUCAUGCUUAUCAGUUCCACCGCAAUGUGAGCGCAGUGUUGACGAUAUAUUUGAAGUGGCUUUUAUUUGUUCUUUUUUGUUGUUGCUCAAAGACAUUAAGGCGGCCAAUGUUGCCGCAUUGUUUUAAUCCACGAAAGUUGUUGAUCUAGAGUUUAUUUUUUAAGCACCCAUCACCUCGAACUCUGGAAUCGUCAAAUUGUUGCACUUAGUUGGCACGUUCUGCCAUACAUCCUUCUUUCCCUCUUUUCUUUUGUAAAUGUCCAUUCCAGCAUAGUGAUUUUUGUGUCAAAAAGGUUGACUGGAAAAUCAACCUUCAAGAAGUAGAGCUUCUUGAAUUUGGUGCUUGUGCAUGUGUGACAUGUCGAAUGCUGUGUGGGAUAAAGGUCAUAUACACAGCUGUAUGUGACAGUCAUCAGUAUUUUGAUGUCAACUUUUGUGGUCUGAAAAAUAAGCAAGUGCUAGAAGGAACGUGCCAACCUUUUAUUUUGUUGCAUUCCAUCGUUUGUUUGUAGUGGCAGGUGUAGCUGUCAUAAUGUAGAAAAAAAGAAUAUAGCAGCCAUCGACAAAAUAUGGUAGCCACGAUCGUGCAUAGCUACCCGCUGUCGUGCAUAGCUACCCGCUGUUGUGACAUUCAGAACUUCUAUAUUUCACUAUAAGACAGUGAAAGAGGGACUAAAAAUAAAUCCAGGAUACAUUUACUCUGCUUUCCAUGUUCUUCAGUGCAAUGCAAGCAUGCAGUGUUCCAGUUCCAUUACUGUUGUAUUUGAUGGUUUAAAUGUUGGUGUUGCAGGCAGCUAGGGUACAACAUAUUGCAAGCAGUUCAUGUUUAUCAUGCUUGUUUCUUGUUGACAUGUUGUUGGAGUCAAGUUUCUAAAUAUGUUUACCUUGUAUUGAGAGUAACUGUGUCCUGGGGUCAUGAUGUAAUUCUGCACUACUAAUGAACAAAGGGCAUUGAUGAUGUGUAAUAAACAAUGCAGUCCUAUUUA